AGUUAAUAUUCUGUUUAAAUAGGCAUUUAAAGUUGAUUGUAUUCGAUAAUUAAAAGGCGGCCGAUAACAGUUGGCUGGAAAUUUUCCAUCGAAGAUCAGUUGCACUAACUUACCAGCUGUGUAGAUAAGAAUUUAAAAAACUUUCGGUGAAAUAAUCCCAGAGACCUCCCCUUGCAGGUUAAAAAUUAACACUUGAGCAAAGAAGAUAAGAUGCUGCACUCAAAUCUCUUAAGAUUGGUGGCUCGCAGGCCUCCAAGUAGAUUGAUGUCCACCGCCACCAAGUUGACCACCGUAGAGGUCAACGAUAAGACAGGAAUCGCCACCCUCACCAUGAACCGGCCUCCGGUGAAUAGCCAAAAUGUUCAAUUGUUAUUGGACCUGCAGAGUUCCAUCAGCGAAAUCGAGAACAACAAAAGUCGGGGUCUCAUUUUAACUUCCGCCAGCUCCAAUGUGUUUUCAGCUGGCCUGGACAUCUUCGAAAUGUAUAACACGGACGUGGAGCGACUCCGAACCGUUUGGACUGAAUUGCAGAAUGUGUGGAUUGCCCUCUAUGGAACCAGUUUGCCCACGGCAGCAGCCAUUAAUGGGCAUGCCCCCGCUGGCGGUUGCCUUCUGGCCACUGCCUGCGAGUAUCGAGUGAUGAGGCCCAACUUCCUAAUUGGAUUAAACGAAGCCCAACUGGGGAUCAUUGCACCCAAGUGGCUGAUGGCCGGAUUCGCUGGUGUACUGCCCAAACGGUUGGCAGAGCGAGCUCUGACCCAAGGGCGCAUGUUUACCACACAGGAGGCUUUUGAAGCUGGCCUGGUCGACGAGAUCGCUAGCACCAAGGAAGAGGCCGUGGAGAAGUGUGCUGCCUUUAUCGGCACCUUUGCUAAGGUCAAUCCUUUGGCCCGUGGACUCACCAAGCUCCAAUUUCGUGCCGACAACAUAAGGGAGUUUGAGGAGAUACGCGAAAAAGAUGUUGCUGACUUUGCAGCUCUGGCCUCCAGUGCGGAAGUACAAAAGGUUAUGGGGACCUAUCUUGAAAACCUGAAGAACAAGGGCAAGAAGUAAUAAGCCUGACAGAAAGUGGUUAUUUUAUUAAAUCUAACUUUGAAAUCCGUAUUGUUGAUUUCUCUAAUUGCAUUUAAACUGCAAUUAUUAAAAUUGCAAAGACGUUGCGUGCAAAGUUAUUUAAUUUGGUAAUU